GAUGAGGUCGAGUUGGGCCAUGCUGCAAAGUGCCGAAUGGUGUUACUAAGGCCUGGCCCCGGGAGGGAGCUAUGUGUGGAGGUGGAUCUCUGUUACUGAUAGUGAUAAAUAAUGAAACACCGCUUCCCUUCCGUGCGUGGCCUCAGGCAGCACUUUAUGUCGAGCCGUGGCCUAUUUUGCUGGAUGCGUAUGCAGCAGCCUGUUGUAUUUUGACAGUGUCCCAGCUUCUUUUUGAGGAGCAAAAUAUCUUCUAUAUAUUUGGGCCUGUGCUUGUGUGUGCUUCCUCCCCACAGAGGCCAGGAGUUCGAAUCGUUACCUGCAGAUACAAUUUUGUUGUUGUUAAUUAGAGAUGCAGAGCUGUGCUCCUUUUUGGUUUUCAGAUGAGGUUUUGCCUCCUUGGAGCUGACCUGAGUGGCCACAGGAGGCACAGAUCAGGAUCUGUCCCCAGCAGCACGCCUGCACUCAGUGAGCGCUAAUGGAGCCUUCACUGCAGCCACGUGUGGAAAUCAGGUCUGCGACUCAGUGAGGCUGGCAGUGAUCAAACCCUUCAGCACCUCAUGCAGGGUUUUCUGGGACCGUUUUGCUGCAUGCGGUGCCUCUCAUAGCUGACCUGAUUUGCCCUUGUGCUAUGGGCUGAAGUGGGAGCAUGAGGAUGGCUCUGGGAUCUGGUUCCUGUGAUGUGGUAUCACCUGCGAAAUCCUCCCCCCAAAUGACCUGUUUUCUCCUGCCUGACUGCAUGGAUAUUGGCAGAGUGCAGGUCCCGCACGCCCGCUCGUUUCCCACCAGCUAAUUAAGAGGCGCACAGCUCUCCACGACGCUCGGCUGCCUACGGAUUGCAGCGAGCGACAGCUUUGCUCCUCCUCCCCAUCUCUGCCGCCGCUGACUCUGCCCACCAGAGCCGCACAGAGCAGGAAUGGAGGGGGACUUGGCCAGGAGAGCAGCCCGGCUGCUGCUGGCGCUGCUCGGCUUCGCGCCAGAGCUCCUGUUCGGCCAGGUGCGGGCGCAGCCCCAGCAAGUGUCUGGUGUCCUGGGGGGCUCGGUGCUGCUCUCCCCGGUGCUGCCACCUGGCAGCAGGGUGAAGGAGAUCGAGUGGAGCUUCUCCUCUGGUGCCGGUGCCACCAUCCAGGUGGCUGAAUUUGGCCCAGGGGGCUUCGAGCGCCCUGACCCCCAGGACCGUUUCAAGCAGCGCCUGGAAAUGCCCAACGCCACAGCACUGAGGAUCGGGGCCCUGGAGCUGGGAGACAGUGGGCUCUAUGGGGCACGGAUCAAACUGCACCCGGCGCUGGUGGAGGACCAAUCCUUCAACCUCUCUGUCUACGAGUCAGUGCCGAGACCCCGGACCCACAGCCAACUGCUUGCCAGCACCCUGGAGUGGUGCAACCUGACCUUGCAGUGCCAGGGCACUGGCAAAGGGGCUGUCAACGUCACCUGGAGGAGGGACAACGGCCGACAGGAGCUGGGAACCGACCGCUCACAGCUGUCCCCGGAUGGCACCACGCUGCGCCUGGCCCUGCAGCCUGGCACUGCCAAUGCCACCUACACGUGCACUGUCAGCAACCCUGCUGACCAGAAGGUCGUCCCUUUCGACCUGCAGAGCAUCUGCCGCAGUGGAGCCCUUUUCUGUGUGCUCCAGGAGGACAGGUGUCCUUCUCCAAGUCGGGGUACAUCGUCCUCACCCUCAUCCUGCUGGCUGUCAGCCUUGGCGGAGCCUUCUGGUGCUGGCGGCUCAACAGCGAGAAGUCAGCAGAUCCAGCUGCCACCCCCACAGCACCGACAGAGGAGAGCCCCCCAGAACCUCAAUACACCGAGAUCGUACACCGCAGCCCCCCGGAAGGUAACGACCAGGGCCUACGUCCACCUGAAAACAACCCAGAGCCGACCUCGACAGAGAAAGCACCGGGCAGCACCGUGUAUGAACAGAUCCACCAGGAGCCAGAGGACACAGCCGAGGAGGUGACAUAGGCCCUCAGGCGCCGACAGCGCUGGAGCAUCAGGAUGUAACUGAAGGGCUGUAACGUGCAUUGUGUGCCAAACCCGACCCCUCUCCAGCCCCUGGUUUGGCUUCAGGGAUGGAGGUGCCAUCUCUGGGUACAGCCAACCGGAUGCUUCCCCACCCACCUCUGGUUUGUCCAACCCUCUGUCCGAAGCCCUCGUGGCCCCUUUGGGGACAUGGAGAUGAGCGGCGACGAUGAGGCUGAGUCCCUCCUCUGGCACAGGGCUGGGAUGUGGCUCCAUCACCCACACAACUGGGGGUCCCAGCCCCAUUUCUGCCAGCUGAGAGAGUGGGCUGCCCUGGAGCAAGAAGAGAGGAAC